CUGCCGAAAUCCUCUCCGGCUCUCCCCCUUCCUGCGAUGGCCGGCGGCGGCGGUUCCCCUUCCCCGGCGGCGGCCGCCCCCGCGGCCGUCCAGGUGCGCUGCGCCGGCUGCCGCGGCGUCCUCGCCGUGGCCCCCGGCAUGACCGAGUUCAUCUGCCCCAAAUGCCGCAUGGCGCAGCGCCUUCCCCCGGAGCUCAUGCCCUCCUCCUCCCCGCCCAAGGCGUCCCCUACCCCGCCUCCGCCCCAGCCCCCUCCCCUUCCUCCUCAGCCUCACUCUCAGCCGGCGCCUCCCCCUCCGCCUCUCCCUGCUGCUUCCCGCCGCUCCGGGCCGCGGGCGCAGGGCGUGGACCCCACCAAGAUCCAGCUGCCCUGCGCGCGCUGCAAGGCCAUCCUCAACGUGCCGCACGGCCUCGCCCGCUUCCGCUGCCCGCAGUGCGACGUCGACCUCGCCGUCGACAUCUCCAAGCUCCAGCAUUUCCUUGCCGCCGCCGCCCCUGGGCCGGGCUUCGUUCCUCCACCGCCUCCGCCCGCGCCCCCAGUCCCAAUGCCGCACAUGCCCUUCCUACCGAUGAUGCCUCCGCCGCGCAUGCCGAUGGCCCCAAUGGUCCCGCCGCCCGAGCCGCCGGAGGAGAUCAACGAGGUUGCGUUUGACGUUGAGCGCGAGGAAGACGAAGGUGACACUGUUGGUGAAACUUUCAUGGACUAUAGGCCUCCUAAGCUGUCUCUUGGUCUUCCUCAUCCGGACCCUGUGGUAGAGACUUCAUCUUUAUCAGCGGUGCAGCCUCCUGAACCUACUUACAGCCUGGCUAUUAUGGAUGAAUUGGAUGAGACCAGGGCAUUGUCAUGCUUACAGAUUGAGACAAUAGUGUAUGCUUGUCAGAGGCAUCUUCACCAUCUCCCUACUGGUGCUAGAGCAGGUUUCUUCAUCGGUGAUGGAGCCGGUGUUGGUAAAGGGCGUACAAUUGCUGGAUUGAUCUGGGAGAAUUGGCAACAGGGGAGGCAUAAGGCAUUGUGGAUUUCCAUUGGUUCAGACUUGAAAUAUGAUGCCCGCAGAGAUCUGGAUGAUGUUGGUGCAAAAUGUGUGCAAGUGCACGCGUUGAACAAGCUGCCAUAUUCUAAGUUAGACUCAAAGGCCACUGGGAUCACAGACGGAGUUGUUUUUGUAACUUAUAGCAGUUUAAUAGCAUCCUCUGAGAAAGGGUAUUCACGUUUGCGGCAGCUGGUAGAGUGGUGUGGAUCUGAGUACGAUGGUCUUGUGGUGUUUGAUGAGUGCCACAAGGCUAAAAAUCUGAUUCCUGAGGCAGGAGGUCAGCCCACUCGCACUGGUAAAUCAGUUCUUGAGAUCCAGGAAAUGUUACCUGAAGCUCGAGUGGUUUACUGCUCAGCAACUGGUGCAUCAGAGCCUCGGAAUUUAGGCUACAUGGUCCGGCUUGGUCUCUGGGGGGACGGAACAUCAUUUCAGAGUUUUCACCAAUUUCUAGGUGCUCUUGAGAAAGGUGGUGUGGGUGCCCUUGAACUUGUUGCUAUGGACAUGAAAGCUAGGGGCAUGUAUGUUUGCCGCACACUUAGUUAUAAGGGUGUUGAUUUUGAUGUUGUGGAGGCACCUCUAGAGGACAGAAUGAUGAAUAUGUACAGAAAGGCAGCUGAAUUUUGGGCUGAGUUACGUGUUGAGCUCCUAUCGGCAAAUGAGUACUAUGCAGAAGACAAGAGCAAUUCGGCUCAGAUAUGGCGGUUAUACUGGGCCAGCCAUCAGCGUUUCUUUAGGCAUAUGUGUAUGUCUGCAAAGGUACCUGCUGUUGUGAAGUUGGUGAAGGAAGCCUUAGCAGAAGAAAGAUGUGUGGUGGUUGGUCUCCAGAGCACUGGUGAAGCUCGAACAGAGGAAGCUAUCACAAAAUAUGGUGUUGAAAUGGAAGACUUCAUUUCUGGCCCUAGAGAGUUGCUUCUUAAGCUGGUAGAAGAUAACUAUCCCUUGCCUCCAAAACCUGAUUGUUCUCAGCAAGGUGAAGACAAGGUUACGGAGGUCCAGCGUAAGCGGCAUUAUGGACCCGAUGUAUCCUUAAAAGGACGAGUUAGGAAACUCGCAAAAAUGGAAGAUAGUGAUGAUGGAAUGGAUGCGCACUCUCCAUUGGAGUCAGACCAUGAAUUAACAGAUUCUGAAGAGGAAUUGCAUAUGUGUCAGAUCUGCAAUACCGAGGAGGAGAAGAGCCUGUUGCUUCAUUGUUCCAAUUGUGCUACAAGUGUUCACCCUGGCUGUCCAAUUCCACCAUGGACUGGAACGUUGACAGAUGAUUGGUUAUGUUAUGCAUGCAAGGAGAUAAUAGAAGGCUAUUUUAAAGAGAGAGAUGCUUACAUGGCUGAACUAUCAAAGAGAUAUGACAGUGCAGUGGACAGGAAGUCAAAGAUUUUAGAAAUCAUCCGUGCUUUAGAUUUGCCUAAUAAUCCUCUAGAUGAUAUCAUUGAUCAGCUAGGUGGUCCAGACAAUGUUGCAGAAAUAACUGGAAGGCGUGGCAUGCUAAUAAGAGCAUCAGAUGGAAAAGGUGUUGUUUACCAGGCGCGGAACACGAAAGAAAUUGCAUUGGACAUGAUCAAUAUGCAUGAAAAGCAGCUAUUCAUGGACGGAGAAAAGUUCAUCGCAAUAAUAUCGGAGGCAGGAUCAGCUGGUGUUUCCUUACAUGCUGAUCGAAGGGUAAAAAAUCAGAGAAGAAGAGUACACAUAACACUUGAACUUCCUUGGAGUGCAGACCGUGCAACCCAGCAGUUUGGGAGAACACAUCGUUCUAAUCAAACUUCUGCACCUGUAUAUAGGAUUCUUUUUACCAACCUUGGUGGUGAAAAACGAUUUGCAUCAAUUGUGGCAAAGCGACUAGAGUCUCUUGGAGCUUUAACACAAGGAGAUCGAAGAGCUGGACCAUCACUUAGUGCUUUUAACUAUGACAGCAGUUAUGGAAAAAAGGCCCUGACAUUGAUGUACAGGGGUAUAAUGGAACAGGAUGCAUUUCCAGUUGUGCCUUUGGGAUGCUCUGAGAAUCAAUCUAGUCUCCAAGAAUUCAUCACUAGAUCAAAAGCUGCGUUAGUGGCAGUUGGAAUUAUCAGGGAUGCUGUAAUCUGCAUUGGAAAACAUGGAGGAAAGCUUACUGGUAGGAUUGUUGAUUCUGAUAUGCAUGAUGUGGCCCGUUUCCUCAACCGUAUUCUGGGAUUAGCUCCAAACAUCCAGAAUAGGUUAUUUGAUCUCUUCACAAGCAUACUCGACGUAGUAAUUCAGAAUGCACGAAGUGAAGGACGGCUUGAUUCUGGUAUUGUUGAUAUUAAAGCAAAAAGGGUUGAAAUGAAAGAACCGCCGAAGACAGUUCACGUUGAUAGCCUAUCUGGUGCUUCCACGGUAUUGUUCACUCUUACAAUUGACCGUGGAGUUACUUGGGAGUCGGCUAAGGCAAUGCUUGAAGAAAGGCAGAAAGAUGGUGCGUGUUCUUCUAAUGAAGGGUUUUACGAGUCCCGGAGAGAGUGGAUGGGCAGAAGGCAUUUCAUACUAGCGUUUGAAGGCUCAACGGAAGGAAUGUACAGAGUAACUCGCCCUGCCGUUGGGGAAGCUUCGAAGGAGAUGCCUUUGGCUGAACUAGAAGGAAAGUACAAGAAGGCCUCAUCGUCUGGCAAAACUGGGGAAGGCUGGCAGGAAGAAUAUGAUGUGUCGUCCAAGCAGUGCAUGCAUGGGCCCAAGUGCAGACUUGGAAGCGAUUGUACUGUGGGCAGAAGGUUACAGGAGAUUAAUGUUUUGGGUGGUCUAAUACUUCCUGUGUGGGGCGCGGUAGAAAAGGCCCUGAAUAAGCAGGCCCGACAGGCUCACAAGAGGAUACGUGUCGUACGCCUGGAGACAACAGAUGACAACCAUCGGAUUGUUGGGCUAGUCAUUCCAAACACAGCAGUCGAGUCAGUGUUAGAAGGUCUGCAGUGGGUCCAGGACAUCGACGAAUGAUGUGUAAACUACAGGUUUGGCAUCUGAUACUGGGGGCUACCUGGUGGAGUGUCGAGGGAUCUAUCUACCACUCAAGAACUUAAGGUCACCCCUGCUACUAGAACCAUGGAUUCAUUCAUCUUGUGCGGCAGCCGUUGGCGAUGCAGAUCAUGGAGUAGCUUCGCUCUAGUGAUUGAUGGAAGGAGGGGUGGGGCGACGAAAUCCAUGGCGUCGGAUUCUAGUUGUAGCGUCUUCUCCUCCCUCCCUGGUGUGGGUGGUCUUUUGGUUGAGUCUGCAGUUUACUGCUUUGCUGUAAUGGUGCUUGGGUGCCCUGAAUUUGGUUGGCCUUUUAUCCGUUUUGGCUGGGGCCUGGGGGUAGAAACAUGUAUGUAGGCUUAAAGUUUGGCUGCUUGAAAACCUGAUAACAUCUUGCACUUGGGGGGACGUUCUAUGGCAUGUGGGCCCCUGAUGUGACUAGAGUUCAGUGCUGUGGAUGCAUCCUUGACGUUAUGAGGUUCUAGUUGUGAGUUCCUUCAUUUUAGAUUGUCGUUGGAAACUUAUUGGAAAUGUGAACUCAGUGAAAUGCUUUUGGUGUCCAACAUA